UUUGUCUUCUUUUUUUUCACUUGGCGGCAGUUUUCAAGAACACCAUCAACAUGUUCUUUUUCUUCUUUCGGUUUUGCCGAACGGUUACACAAAUCGUGUCGUAGUUCUUGGAGAAUAAUUUUUUAAAUAAUACAAUUUUUUUUUUCUUUCUAUUUUUAGUGUUGUUCUUUUUUUCGCAUCAAUAUUAUAUUAUACCUCAGUACAGUUUUUUUUUUAUAACAUUGCUGUCUUUAAAUAUGAAGUUUUUAAAAAUUUAGUGUCGACCAUAAAACACUGCGGCGAAAUAUAAAACAUAUUAAAAUUUUAAAUUUAUAAAUUAAUAUCGGAAAUUUUUUUUAAAAAAAUAUGCACGACCCAAUAUCCAGUCGGUCUACAACGUUACUAUGUACCUGCAUUGUUUUGUGUUUUCAUCAUGGCAUACUCUGUGGCACAGUUGCUCCUCCGGAUGCCAAUUAUACGCCUCCAUUAGAGUUCCCAUCGGAAGGACGAAUAAAAAUAUACCAAGCGUCAGACACGACUAAUAACUUAUCGGAAACUCCAAUUAUUUACUUUGGAACACCCGGGUCACAGACGAAUGGUCCAACGAGAAAAGAUCAAGAGGCCAAUACAAGACAAGUCACCGGUAAUUUUCCAGCACGGGCAGCACAACAAAUUAACUUGUUCAGCAUAUCUAAAAAUUACACUGAAAACACAAUCAACAAUAAUGUUGUUGACAAUAGUACAUCUUCGGUUUGGUUCAUUCUCAUUGGAUUCUUAUCAACAGCUGUCAUUUUCCUAAUGUGUUACACGUAUUACGUAAAACAACAAAAAAAAUUUAAACUGCCCAACCGAGAAUUACUAGUUGAGGAAUGUGAAGAAGCCAUAAUGAAUGAUUUAAUACAUCAAGUUCAACAUGAAUAAUUGUUUGAUUAUUUUUAUAAAGAAAUAUACAUAAGUAAAUGCAAAA